AGUGGUGUUUAUAAUCUGCAAAAUCCAAUGAUAAAUUAUUAUUUUUCAUUAGCCAAAUCGCGGAAGUGACAGUUAAGUGUCAACUGUCAAUCUCAUAUGUCAUUCAUAUUGUCAAAAAGUGUUUUGUAAAUUAAUUCGGGAAGGAUUUCUGAAUAAAUAAAAUCAUUGAAAUGUUAUACCUAAUUUAACAAAAGGGUUAUUGAAUUUAUGUGAGUGUGUUACCAUUGAAUAUUUAUAAUGGAUGACGACGACUAUUGGAAUACAAGUGAAACGAAAGCACAAGCAUUAAGUUUUGAUGAUGAUGUGCUUUCACCUCAAGAAAUCUUAGCAAUAGGUAAGAAGACUUACCCUGGUCAGAAAGAAGAUGGCCCGUUCAGUAGUGCCAACAUAACAGCAGUGAAGACUGAACAACUGCCUCUCACCAGCCUUGUCUCACCCAAAGCUUUAGAUCUGAUUCUACUAGCCCAAUCAGGCAAAGAUACAUCAAAGAAUGUAAAUCAGGAGCCCACUGAAACAACAGCUGUUACGUUAAAAAGACUGAUAUUGGGUAGAAACUGUUCCCUACAUGUUCAUCGGAGCAUGAAGAGUAAGACGGAACUGCUGGACGGAGCGAUAGCUGUUGGCGAUGGGAAUGCUAUACUCACUGUGGUGUUAUUUCUGAUUGCGACUCUAAACAAGAAGUUGGUGUACGAGCUGCUGCAUUCAAGACCCUCGGCCCUCAACCACUACAUCAGCUUCUUGCAGAAUGAAGGCAAAAUCACUGAACUGACAGAUUUACUUGCAAUGAUCGGUAGGAGCCCAGAUGCAGCAAUAGCCCAAUUCCAGCACAUAGUGAAGACUCAAGGCAACAAUGUGGAGGGGCUGUUGAACAAGAUGCCCAACUUGUUGGCCAACCAUUUCAACCAGCCCGGUGUGGAUGCCCAUCAAGCGAAAAUGGUGGCUGACUACAUCAAGUUACUUGAAUGGCAGCGAUACGCGAAGAAGUCGGAUCUGUCCGCCGUGCUGCCGAGCCUCGCGUACACCUGCGCACACCACUGGAACGAGGGCGCCGGGAAUAUCAUGUCGCCCCUCACGCUGUGUCAGCGGCAGCAGAUCCCUCCACUGCAGUACGACUGGGUGGUGUUGAACGUGCACGCCAAAGCUAACAAAUGGGACAUCGUGGAAUCGCUGUUUACUAAGAAAGACUGGCUGGGCCGCUCGAGCGUGUGGUCGCACAUCCCGGUGGAGGCGCUGCUGGGGCGGCUGAGGACGCUGGGCGCCGACCAGAGGCUGCUCGCCGCCUGCGUGCGCGCCGCCGCGCAGCACGACCGUCUGCGGCUCGCCAUCAACUACAAGAUCCACCCCGUAGUGAUAGAGAUAUACGCGAAGCAGAAGGACCGCGCCGCGCUCACCAACUACAAGAUGACGCUCAACCCGCAGAGCGAGGAGUACAUCAUGGCCGAGAACACGCUGCGGGAACCGUCGAUAAAAUGGAAGAACUAGUCAACUGCAUCGGAUUUUAAUCUCAAAAAAUAUAUAUGAUUACUAGAUAUUAAGUAAAGUACCGAAUUUUUUAUUUUUAUAAAUACGCUCUCAAUAAAUCGUUUAUUAUGUUUA